AACUGAUUUUUAACGGCAGAAGUUGCUCUUUUGUUCAUCUAAAUGCGACAUUUACAAGAUCAGACGUAGCGCCUUUUUAUGUCAUCAGUCAUUUAUUAUUUACCAUGUUUUUAAAACUUUUCAUUGGUUUAUUUUAAAUCAACUACACAAUGCAAAUCUGCUUUAUUGUAAAAUUUGUCACAUUAAGUUGCUCUUUAUGUUUUUUACGGCAAUGUUAUGUGUUAACUGUAAAAAAGAAUACAAAGAUGUAAAGCAAAAAUGUAGUAAAACAUAGAGAUCUGUAUUUAGUGUGGCCUAGAAUAGAAAGCUAAUUGUGGGUCAGUAAUACGCCCAAAAAGUCUUGUAUCUUUUCCUGAAAAUUACUGCAUUCAGUUUUGGGCUUGGACUGAGGCACAUUUGCAAGCUUGGUCAGCCACAGUUAGAAAGCAUUAGUUGUAAUGCCAGGUUUAGACUGUUGAAGUGCACUUUUUCCUUUACAGAAAUUAUAUCUACUUUCAAAUAGCCACAUCUGUUGCGACAUGGGGUAUUUAUAAAUAACAGGUAUUAAUCUGUGGCCUGAUAGCGAUAAUCACAAAUUCAACAAAAUAUAUACUUCGAGGGCUUUUCUAGUUCAACCAGAGGUUAUUACAGGACUGAAAUAGUCACAAAAGUUGGAUUUAUUUUUGUCUUUUGGGUGUAGAUUUGCAUCUCUAAGCUUUAACUGAAUCUGGGACCAGAACUUGCUAAUUCGAUGACUCAUUAAAGGUCAAGUGUUUUGUCUCACACUAAAAACGGUUCAGAUUGGGGAAAUUUGAUGACUCAUCUGAAAGCGGAUCACUUACUGAUCCACAUAGUAAAGGCAUUGUUCGCAAUAGUUUUUACAUUCCUUGUUUUAUAACCAUUUAGAUUGUUGGUGAGACAGGGCUACUCACAUUGUUUUAACCAUUUAUGAAAAAAUAAGAUGGUGUAAUAACACCAAAUAUGAGGUCUUAAAAUCUUUUAAACCUAUCAGCUUCAUUUCCUGAACUUUCAACCUUAUUUUUAUUUGUAUAGCACUUUUCCUGCUACAAAGCAUCUCCUCAGGCAGGCUGAUCCAUGGAUGAGGCCCACAGUGCUGAAAUGUGGCCUCGCCAUGGGUUCUUGUUCUGACUUUUGGGACCACCAGCAGACCUGCACCUGCGGUCCUGAGCACUCUGGGAGGGUCAUAAACUAAAAGUAAAUCUGAUCAAAAUGAAGGGCCAAUUCCGUGUAAACUUUCAAUUUAACUAAUAAAAGAACCUUAAAAUCGAUCUUAAAGCUGACUGGGAGCCAGUGCAAAGGUUUCAAAAUUGGAGUAAUGUGCUUCUCCUUUCUGAUUCUAGUAAAAAGCUGUGCAGCCGAGUUUUGUACAAGCUGCAGCCGAGUCAUCGUAUUUAUCUUAAUACCAGAAAGAAGAGCAUUACAGUAAUCUAUUUUAGAUGUUAUAAAAGCUUGGAUUAAUAUUUUCAGCACUGGCUUUGGAGAGAAAGAGUCUUACUCGGGCAAUGUUUCUAAGAUGAUGAAAUGCUGUCUUUGUAACUUGGUUUGUGUGUGCUUCAAAGGUAAGAUCUGCAUCUAAAACGAAUCUGAGGUUUCUGGCUUUACUGCAAACAUUCAGAUUAAGAGUUAAAAAGAAGAAUUGGACGCUUUCUCUCUCAGCUUCAGGACCGACAAUUAAAAUCUCUGUUUUGUCUUGAUUGAGCUUUAAAAAGUUCUCUCCCAUCCACGUUUUAAUAUCUAAAAUACAACGUUGAAGGUCAUCAGUGGGCCCCAAGUCAUCAGGAGACACAGCCACAUAUAACUGGGUGAACUACUUAAUAAUUUUUGCUUCCUGCGUGUUACCUAAUCUUAGCUUUACACACUGAAGCCCUGUAGUUUAACAGGUUUGAAGUCACCCUGAUGUCACAAUCCUAACCCAACGUUGGUGUUGACAUCUUUACUUCAGCCUGACGUGACUGAAGCCAUGUUCUAGUUUUGUUAACAUUUAAUUUAAUUUAUUUUGGUUCAGAUCCAUUCAGAACUAUUUGCUUUAGCUAAGGUCAUCCAUCCUCUCCCACAUUAGAGAAUUUUCCAUUUUAACAUCUUGAAGUGUGCAUUUGAGUUUGUUUUUGGAAAUUACAAGUCAGUUAGUCCCGCCCCCUCAACCUUUAAAACAUUUUAACAUGACAAAAGCACUCAGUGCUCAGUGUGGGCAUGAGCUUUUUUAUUUUCCUAUUAAGGAGAAACAUGCAGGUCUUUGCGUUUUUCUCCUCUGGGAUUCUCCUCUGCUGGUUCAAAAAUGUCUUUUUUGAAUACUAAAAAGUAUUCAAGUAUUAGUAUUCUAAUACUAGAAUACUCAGGAGUAGAUACAGCUCACUCUUUGUUGUUUUUUGUAGUGCAUGUCAAUAGAGUAACUGCAUGAAAAACAUUUUAAAACAGCCUAAAGUCACACUGAUUUUCGAUUCAUUUGCAAAAUAAACCAAUUGAGUUUGAAUUCGGUCAGAAGCCAAAAUCCCAUACUUGCUGGUGUUCACUUUCUCUUUCAAAUUCCUUGCAUAGUGUAACAAAAAUGUUUCUUAGAGUCAUUAGAAAAUAUUAUGCUUGAAAGGACUGAAAGGAUUCUUUCAAUUUUAAUACUAGCAGGCCACAUGGUUAUCUGUAAUAAUUAAUGUUUUCUUUUUCUUUAAGUCAGAAUGUAUAUUUAGUGUAAUUUUAGCCUACAGUUUAUGAUAAUGUUUUAUUCCUGUUAUCCCUCCAUGUUUAUUUUUUAUGUCAUAAUUCAGAUUAAAAUGAAUUACAAAAUGCCUCAAACUAUGUUGUGCCCAAAUUUAAACAAUAUCAUUACUCAAAUGUAAUGAAAGAAUUAAAAAAAUAGAAGUAAAAUGUUGUUAAGGUUUUUUCUUUAUCUUUUUUAAUUCAUUUAUUGCAUUUUGUUUAUAAUCCAGAAACACUUAAGAAAUGUUGUCAAUUCUUCAUAGUUCAAUAUUAAGAGGAGUAAAUACUUUUGACCAAUCAGAGGUUUUGGUCAAAAACUGUUUGCCACCAUCUAGGAAAAAAGUCGUAAAAUUUCACAACCAAAAUGUAAAAAAACUAAACUUAAAAAAGAAAAAAGUCUAACCUACAUUUUUAAAUGUAUUUAUUAUUAUGUUUACAAUGUAAAAAAGUAAAGCAAUUUGGAACUAGAAAGUUAUCUGAAGGACAUUAUUUCUUGAAUUUCAAGAAUUUCAAGGAUCUUAAUUUUAUUUUCACAACAGGGUGACAUGAAUUUGGUUCCUGGUCAGCCAACUACAGAGCAGUAAAAAAAAAAAAAAACUUAAUCAAAUAUUGAAAAAGCUUUUCACAAUAUUGAUUUAGGAGGCUUGUUGGCUUUUUUGCAGAACAGUUUCAGUUUAGACAGCUAACCAUGCAUCCACACUGCAGUGUCUGGCUCUCUUUGUUGUGGUGAGCUGGGGGUCAGGCUACAGAGGGCUCUUGCUUCCUGUGGCUGCAGAACGCCUCUGCUUGGUUGUCCACUGUGGAUGUGGGCAGAAUCCUGAGCAUAAAGUCAGGAAACUGAGGUUCUGCAUCAUCUUUUUAGUCUUUUUUAUGAAGCCAAUAUAAAAAAGAAUCAGAUUUAAGAGGGUGGGUAUAUCCAGUUUCGUGCAUAGGAAGAUGUGAGCUACAGAGAAAUACUGCAAAGACAGGACGUGUGCAACAUCCUAUGUAGUUGACUGAAGUUUGGAGGUUGUAUGUGUCAUCGCAUACAUGUUCCAGACUGCACAAUUUCAUGCUGAUCUUUCUUUAAGUCACAAGCUUCAGAACCUACAGGCUUCAACACAGUAAAAGUGACAGUUUUUUAGAAAAUAAAUUAGCACGCUGUGCCUCUACCCCCCCUCAUAAAGGAAAAUGUCACAAACUUUCUAAAGUGAAAUGCUCCAGAACCCGGCAGCACCUGUUCAACGGAAGAACAGCGUGUUGGAGAAAUAAGGCUUUGAGGGCGGAUUGUGACUUCCUGUUGUGGCUUUUGUCAAUCUGCAAGCUUCAUGCAACCUUAUCUAGUGGGCGCUUCAUGCUUAAGGUCCUUUCCAAGAGAACAUCAUCCUCAGAUUUCAUUUUUUCAGAGCUGAAAGUUUAAGAACAAAAACAUUGGUGCUUUGAGUUUUUUGUCAAUGCUAUUUGAGCACAACUGGGAUAAGCAAAAGAGGUGAGAAUUUUACAUUUUUCUGUUUUUUCAUGUUUUUUGAAUAAUUGGGCGAAGGAGAGGAAGUUUUUUGAUUGAGCUGAGUGGAACAGGAUGUGACUAAAAAGUUUCCCAAUCUGAACUUUAUCCAGGGCUUCCAGAACCCCGACUAGCUGACAUUCCAGGUUUCAGGAUGUCCGUCGACCCCGCAAUCGAACUGCCUUUCUUCUAUGGAAGCAUCAGUCGCUCAGAUGCAGAGCAGCAACUGAAACUGGGUGGCAUGGCCGAUGGCCUCUUCUUGCUCCGACACUGUCUCCGUAAUCUUGGAGGCUACGUCUUGUCAGUUGUGUGGAACCUGGAGUUUCACCACUACUCCAUAGAGAAGCAGCUGAACGGGACUUACUGCAUCGCAGGAGGGAAGCCUCACUGUGGACCGGCAGAGCUCUGUGAGUUUUACAGCAAAGAUCCAGACGGUCUGGUGUGCAUCCUGAGAAAACCUUGCUUGCGCCCUCCGAAUACACCAAUCAAGAUGGGGGUGUUUGACAAAAUAAGAGUGAACAUGUUGAGGGAAUACGUCAGGCAGACCUGGAACCUGGAGGGGGAGGCCAUGGAGCAGGCCAUCAUCAGUCAAGCUCCUCAGCUGGAAAAGCUGAUCGCCACAACAGCUCACGAGAAGAUGCCUUGGUUUCACGGUAAAAUCAACCGCCACGAAGGAGAGAGGCGUCUUUACUCUGGAGCACAACCAGACGGGAAGUUUCUAGUCAGAGAAAGAGACGAACCCGGGACCUUUGCUCUUUCUGUAGUGUACGGGAAAACAGUUUACCACUAUCAGAUUGUCCAAGACAAAUCAGGGAAGUUGUCUGUACCUGAAGGGACCAAGUUUGACACACUCUGGCAGCUGGUUGAGUAUCUGAAGAUGAAACCUGAUGGGCUGGUAAUUGUCCUUGGAGAGGCGUGCACCAACGGCAGAGUUUCUGAACAAAUGCCCAAUGUUCCUGCAAUGAGGAGAUCAAAUGGAUACACACCGCCACCUAAAGCUACAGUUUCAGCUGAUGCUCUGCCCAUGGACUUUGCCGGAUUCAACCCCUACCACGACCCAAAUGACAUCAAGAAGUUUAACAUCAGUAGGGAUCAGCUGCUGAUGGACGAGGUCGAGCUCGGCUCUGGCAACUUUGGCUCCGUCAAGAAGGGAGUCUUGAUAACAAAAUCAGGUCAUGUAGACGUGGCCGUCAAAGUGCUGAAGAGUGAAAAUGAGAAGCUGGUGAAAGAUGAGAUGAUGAGAGAGGCAGAGAUCAUGCACCAGCUGAGUAACCCCUUCAUCGUCCGCAUGCUGGGCCUGUGCCAAGGCGACAAUCUGAUGCUCGUCAUGGAGAUGGCCGCUGCUGGUCCUCUCAAUAAGUUUCUCUCUACCAAGAAAGAUGUUAUAACCGUGGAGAACAUUGUGAACUUACUGCACCAAGUGUCGAUGGGGAUGAAGUAUCUGGAAGAGAAGAAUUUUGUUCACAGAGAUUUGGCUGCUCGAAACGUCCUGCUGGUUAACCAACAAUUUGCCAAGAUCAGUGACUUUGGGCUCUCCAAAGCCUUGGGAGCAGAUGACAACUAUUACAAAGCUCGAACUGCAGGCAAAUGGCCACUGAAAUGGUACGCUCCAGAGUGCAUAAACUUCCACAAAUUCUCCAGUAAAAGUGACGUGUGGAGUUUUGGCGUCACCAUGUGGGAGGCCUUCACCUAUGGAGGAAAACCCUACAAGAAAAUGAAAGGUCCAGAAGUGAUCAGCUUCAUUAAAAAUGGAAACCGCAUGGAGAAACCACCAGCCUGUCCAGACAGGAUGUAUGCAGUGAUGAUGGAGUGUUGGACGUACAGUCAUGAAGAGCGCCCUGACUUCAAGAAAGUUGAGGAGUCCAUGAGGACGUACCAUUACUCCAUAUCCAACAAGCCUAAAACUGAGGGAGCCAACGAAGAGCCUGUAAAGUAGACAGAAAGAGGCACAUUCUACCCCCUCCCUGUGAAAGAGUCCUUUCAACCGAUCAUUAAUUUACCAAAACAAAGGGUGUUUUAUGAGCACUGCACACUGACCAGCUUUGACCACAGUGCAGAUUUAGCUAAACAGGCCCGACAGCAAUAAAUGUGCAUUUGUAAAUUGAAUCUCUGUGUUUCGGCUGUGGAAGGAGAGUCUUUAUCGUGGUUUGAAUGUUAAGUGGCUUUUUAAUGGUGAAUAUACUGAUUCUGUGUUUCUACUUUUGAAAACCAAAUUAGUAGAAAAGGGUUUAAUUGUAAUUUUUUGUGUUUUGUUGUGUUUUUAGAAAGUGUUACUAACAUUUUUUGAAGUUCUUUAUGUUAAAUAAAGCUGAAAAAGACGUAAUAUUUGAGUUUGAGUCAAAAGUAAGUCACUUUAUUAUAAGUUUGAUGAUCCCAUUAUAUAAUGGAGUGUGUAGUUUUAUUUUUUUUAAGAUUCCAGUGUUUACAACCAUUUAAAUUUGUACUGUUGUCUCUCAUGGGGCGAAAUCAGAAUGUAAGAGUCAAUGACAUUAUGAUCUAAAAUUGUUCAACUAAAAAAAUUUUGAGAUUUCUAAGUUAGUAAUGACAUUCAUGAGGUAAUUAGGUCGGUAAGUGUCACACUGUCACAGGAAAGGCUUCUUUGCUGCCAGGCAACCAUUGACUGAAAAAAGAGAGUACACAGAAGUCGCCAAAGCAUUUUUCAAAAUAAAAGCCUUGCAAAUCUGCAUGUGGAGAACUGAGGUUGAAAUGGCUGACAUUGAUGAGUGCUUUUAGUAAUGUUCAGAUAAAAUGGUGUAAAAAGUGCUCUGAUGCUAAAAAGAAUAAAAAAUGUGUUAAUUUGA